AUGAUGUCUUCUUCCAACAAUGAUUACAAUAAUGGUAACAGUGGAGUUUACCCACUCUCUCUUUACCUUUCUUCACUCCCGGGCCACCAUCAAGACAUCAUCCGUAAUCCCUACAAUCAUCAAUCAACCGCAUCACCGGCCCAAAUGGUAUCAGCCGUGCCUGAAUCUCUGACCUAUUACAUGUCAAAAAGUGCUGUAAAUCAGCAAGGUCUCGAGAUCCCUGAGGUGUCUAGAGAAAUCAAGAAGGCGGUGAAGAAAGAUAGACACAGCAAGAUUCACACGGCACAAGGUUUUAGAGACAGGAGGGUGAGGCUUUCUAUUGGAGUUGCUCGCCAAUUCUUCGAUCUCCAGGAUAUGUUGGGGUUUGAUAAAGCCAGUGAGACACUGGACUGGCUUCUCAAGAAAUCAAGAAGAGCCAUCAAAGAGCUUGUCCAAGAAAAAAAGCUCAAUGGAGGUGAUGUUGAUGAGGAAGAAGAAGAUGAUGGAGACAAGAGCUUUGUGUAUAGUUCGAGCCCUGAGUCUUGCCAAGAAGUGGUAUAUAAGGUAAAGAAUAAAGAGAAGAGCAACAUAUCUUCAAAGGAAUCAAGGGCAAAAGCUAAAGGAAAGUCAAAGGAGAUAAUAACAAGAGAGAAGACCUAUGAUCAUACAGAAACCGUCUCUGACAUCACACAAACUGAAGUCAUGGACCCAUUUAAGAGACCUAUAAUCUUCAAUGAAGGAGAAGACAUCACAAACUCUUUCUACAAAGAAGCAAUCCAAGAUUUUGAUAAUGAAGAAUGUAUCUUAACCAAGAGGAAGGUCAAUCUUCCCACGGAUAUGGAUCAAAGGUACAAUCAGCAUUAUGGGACAUUUAUGUUGAAGAAUCAAGGUUCUAGCAGCAACUACAAUACCAUUCACCCUCAAAACUUGGAUUAUGUUUAUGAUCAAAACCCUUUUAUGGAUCAACCCUUUUGUGCAGUCACCAACAAUAGCUUCCACAGGGGGUUCCCAUGAAUCCUGAUACCGGAGCAGCAUGCAACAAAU